AUGGAUCCUUAUACUUGGUGGUGUGCAUAUGGUACAUAUGCACCAUCUCUUCAAAAACUAGCUUUGAGAUUGCUUGUGCAACCUGCCUUUUCAUCUUGUUGUGAGAGAAAUUGGAGUACUUACUCCUUUAUUCACUCAGUGAGAAGGAACAAGAUGGUCCCUCAACGCGCGGAGGAUUUGGUGUUCAUUCAUAGCAAUCUUCGUCUUUUAUCAAGGAGGAGCUCCCAAUACUUGCAAGGAGAGACAAAAAUGUGGGAUAUUGCCGGAGAUAACUUUGACUCACUUGAUGAUAUUGGAAUGCUUGGGAUAGCUAACCUCUCACUUGAUGAACCGGCUAUGGAGGCAAUCCUAUUUACAGAUGAAGGAGAAGAUGGAGGCGGUGGGUCCUUUUUGUCUAAGAAGAAUAAACUUCUGUUGGAAUGGAAAAAAGUCCAUGACAGCCUUUCUAUAGAAGUGAAGAAUAAUUCCAGCCUUGAAAUGCUAGAAAGAAUACUUCUGCUUAGUUACAUUGACUUACCAUAUCACCUCAAAUGUUGCUUCUUGUACUUGAGUGUUUUCCCGGAAGAUUAUUUGAUCAAGAGAAUUAAAAUUAUCCGGCUAUGGGUGGUUGAAAGAUUUGUGGAAGAGAAACCAGGCCUCACUGCUGAAGAGGAUGUAGAGGACUACCUUAAUGAACUUGUUAGUAGGAGUAUGAUACAAGUAGUGCAAAAGGAUAAUUUUAACCGGGUUAGGACUUGUUGUGUACAUGAUAUUAUGAGAGAAAUUAUCCAGUUGAAAUCUAGAGAUAUAUCAUUUGCUAUGAUACUACUGAAUGAUAGAAGGAUGUCAACGGAUGAGAAGAUACGCCGAAUGUCAAUCCAUGCCAACUGUAAGGAAGAGCUCCCAUCAGACAUGAGAUUCACUAGCCUCAGAUCACUUUUGGUGUUUGUGUCAACGAGAUCUUCAAUGUCUUUGGGAAAGACAUUCUUUAAGGGUUUCAAAUUGUUAGGAGUGUUGGAGCUUGAACUUGCACCGCUUUAUGAAUUCCCUCCAGAGCUGACUGAAAUGAUUCACUUGAGAUACUUAAGUCUAAGGAGUACUAUGUUAAGGAAGCUUCCAGAGUCCAUAGGAAAGCUCAAGAAAUUAGAAAUAUUGGACCUCAAACAUUGUCUCAUGACUUGCAUAUCAUCCCUGCCAAAUGGGAUCUUGAAGUUGAAACAUCUUUGCCAGUUGCGUGCCUAUGGCUAUUGUUUUGAAUCAUCAACGAUGUUUGCCAGCACAUACGGGAUGAAUCUUCCGGGCAAGAUAGGUGAAUUAACAAAUCUACAGAAAUUGGGAAAUGUUGAAGUGAAUGAUAAUGGUGAUAUGUUGAGAGAGUUAGGAAAGCUGACCCAACUAAGGAGGUUGGGUAUCUUGAAACUGACGCAAGAAAAUGGAAUGGAGCUAUGUUCUUUAGAGAAGUUGAAGCACCUCACUGCAUUAUACAUGGUUUCCAUAAGCACCACCGAACCUCUUCAUCUUAAUUCUCUAUCAUCCGGUCCACGGUUUCUACAACGCCUAUAUCUGAAAUAUAGUUUACCUACUUUGCCUAAAUGGAUCGCCUCCCUCCAAUACCUCGCCAAACUAGUGCUUCAACACUCUAAUCUAAAUGAUGACCCGCUAAAGUCACUCCACGGAUUGCCUAACUUGGUAGUGCUGGAACUCCGAGAAGCAUUUGUAGGGGAGGAACUGUGUUGCAAUAUUGGAGGGUACCCAAGGCUUAAAAAGCUUAGCCUUCAACAACUAAGCCAAUUGAAGUGCUUACGAGUAGAGCAAGGAGCAAUGCCUGGGCUAAGGGGACUAGAUAUUGCAGCAUGUGAGAAACUAGAAAUGGUGCCAUUGGGUAUCAAGCACCUUAGAAAUCUACAGCGUCUAAUGGUAUGGUUCAUGCCUUGGAGAUUCUACCAAACUAUAGCACGACCACAUGGUGAAGAUUUUUGGAAAGUUCAACACAUUCAAACAAUUGAAGCCAUUUAUUGA